AUGGCGACGACCAACAAAAACAAUGGCAAUGGAAAGCGACUUGGCGACUUGCCGAAGGAAGAUGAGAUUGAAUUGGCGACUCAGGAAGCUCAACAAUGCAUUGACGCUGUGGAACGGGAAGGCUUUCAGUUGGAUGGAUUCAAUCUGCUCGGUGUGGUUGCCAACCCUCUUCAUGGAAUGUCACCACAAUCCUUGCAUGGACGAGCUAGCAUCCACGCUGCUGCAAUGAGAGAAGAAGAAGAGGGAGAUACAGAUGUUAUAACGGACGCUUUCAAUAGCUUGGGAAAAACAAUGUCCCAAGUGACAGAACAGAUAGAUACGUUCAACAUAUUCCUGGAAGAAUUAUCGAAGGAAUAUUUGGGAGACGAUAGUGGGGAGUCAUUGUUCCUUGAAUACUAUUAUCAGGAUGGAGACGAAGAAGAAGUUCCUACGCCAUUUGAACUAUCGAACACAUCGCUAGCUGGAGUCGAACAGUACAUCGGCAAGAGCGGGGAUCUAGCAACGUCAUUGUUCUCCUUAGGAUUGGAGACAAGGAGCUCCAUGGGCGAAGAUGCCGAAAAGAGCCUCGAUGAAACCCCAGCAGUUUUCUCAAAGAUUGAUUUUGAUUUAACCGAUCCAAAAAUCUUUCUUCCGCUAUUGCUGGAGGAGAAGCAAGCAGAAGAUCCCAAAACCUCAAUACAAACAGGAGGCACGAGUUCAUUGUACCAACCUACAAAUGAACUAUUACCCCUUAAAGACCCUGAUUGUUGCGCUGGAUAUUUGGAUCGCGUAGAGUUAGCGUUACAAGAGCAAGUUCGGCAAAAGGCAGGGGCCUUCUUCCAAGAAACAACCAGAUUCCAACAACUACAGGUAUCCAUUGAGCAAAUGUUGCAACAAGUGCAAUUGCUGAGAAAGUACAUACAACAAAUUUCCAGCGUUUACAGACAAACGAACGACAUUUCCAGUCAUCAACGCCAGAAUUACGAAGAAUUUGUUGCUCUGAUGGAUUCUGCCAUGGAUUUGAUCCGUUGUAAGGCGUCAAUUGGAGGGCUUCUUUCCGCAAAUGAUUAUUUGGGAGCUGCAGAGCAGAUUCAAUACGGCAGAGCGCUGCUAAAUGGCGAGGUUCCAAAUGAUGAAGAUAUGGCUGAGGGUGAAGGAAUUGUAGAGUUGCGGCAGCUUUCGGCUCUCUCUACCUGCGGAGAUCAAUUCCAGCAAUAUGAAAACCUUGUGAUUCAGAACUUAUCAGAAGAAUUGGUGGAUGCAUGUUUCAACUGGCGUGCAGAUGAUAAGGAAAGGGUGAAGGAAGUUGUAAAGGCGCUGAAGCUCUGCAAGGCGAUGUCAACCACGGGCGAUAUCUAUCAAAGAAGAUUACAACAAACAAUCCGAAUGACUGUGCGAACAACUAUUGCAGAGUUUGUGGAGUCGACCGGCGCUGGUGGCUCCGGUGUAACAGGCAUGACAUAUCCAGUAUUUUAUGACUGCUUAGAGUUGUUGAUCGAAGAAAUUCAGGCCGUCCUCAGAACGGCCCGUAGUGUGGAUCAAUUCUUUUCAACGGAAGGUAUCUUUGAAGAUGAAGAGAAGCGAUGGACAAGUGAUGCACUUACAACAGGAGCAGAUUUGGCUGCAAAAUCGAUUGCCGAAUUACUACGCUUAAGAAAGGAAGCACAUUCGUUAUUAAGUCUCGAUUCGAUGAAGCAGCUUUGGGACACUUGCAUGGAAUUCACCACUUCCAUUGAAAGCUUUGGGAAUGGGACAAAGGCUGUUGGGUUGAGAUCAACUCUAUCUGGCCAAGCAAAGGCUUUCUUGGAUAGAACACACGAAUCCAAUAUGUCGUCUCUUGUCCAUGCGUUGGAUUCGGAACGAUGGAUGCAAUGUGAGGUUUCAGCAGAGCGGCAAACAGCUCUUACCCGACUUUGCACGGGCCGAAUCAUGGGAUCGCAAUCAACAAGAUGGACGCAGGUGAAUGGCGAGAAUGGUGUCGUUCCUUCUGAAAAGAAGCCAAUUGCAGAAGUGGAGGGAACAGACUACAAGGUUGUCUGGUCUUGCCUGUUGUUGGUAGAGAUGGUCAUGACAAACUUGCACGCAUCGGCACAUUUUCAAUCGCUUGCCUCAACAGCCGUAACAAAGGUCGUAGAGUUGCUUAGGCUUUUCAACACUAGGGCAACGCAUCUGGUGUUGGGAGCUGGUGCUAUUCAUUCGGCUGCUAGGCUGAAAUCUAUCAACGCUAAGCACCUAUCAAUGGUGACACAAUGCUUGGGAAUGAUGCUUGCAAUAUUACCGCAUAUUCGAGCUGCCCUAAUGGCUCAACUAGCUACCAAACAGCACGCACUGCUUUCUGACUUGGACCGGAUAAAGAAGGACUAUGUGGACCACAACGAAAAGGUCUUGAACAAGUUUGUGACCAUCAUUGGUGGUAUCGUUGAACAUGGUUUGGCACCGAAGCUACCCAGCAUCAACUUUGAUGUUCGAGCUAGGGAUCUUAAGUCUGAAGGGGCUACCACGAAGUGUUGCGUCUUUCUCGAUGGGAUAUCAACCAAUACUCGGAAGAUGCAUCAAGUGCUGAAUGUUUUGCUGCCACCUGAUCAUCUGCAAGAUGUUUUUUCUCGUAUUUUCGCUUUCGUUGAUCAAAAGGUGCCAACUCUUUUCAUUGAAGCUGCUUCCACGGAUAGAGCUGCGAAUGGAUCACAUGUCUUCGAAUUUCCGCAAACUGAUGAAGGGAAAUUGAGGAUGAUUACGGAGGUGGAGUACACAACAAAGAAAUUGAACUCACUUUCUGGUGUAAUCCCAUGGGAUUUUACAGCCAUGGGCGUGCUGGAAAGAAAACUAGAUUUCAAAGUAUCAUCAAAGGAAAACAAGGAAGAUACCUUGAAGCACGAUGGUGCACUGCAGAUCACAAAGGAAAACGAAACGGCUGCAUCGAAUGGAGAAAAUGAAUUGAACACAAUUUCCGAGAUGCAGGAAAACAUUGCUGAAAACACGGACGAAAACAGAGUCUCUGAGACACCAGAUUUGAACGAUUCUGAGCAACCAACAGAAACUUUCGACAGUAAGGCCCUAGAGGAGCCAAUCAAGGACGGAAAAAUCACAGAUGGCAGAACUGAUUGA